CGUUUGACGCGGUGGUUUGUGUGAGGUGGAAAGCGAGUUGUGCUUCGCGUCCCGGCGUACAUUUACUCCAGUCUCCAGUCCAAACUAGCUUUGUUUACGCUUCGCAUUUGCACCACGCGAGCGCCCUAGCCAUAACUAACUAUUACUUAGUCUUUUGGCAUAAGCCAGUUCAGCUGGUUGUUUGUCUGCUUCCGCUCCGAGUCCGAUCAGUACAGACUACAGUGCCAGUCAGUGGCGUGGACUAGCGGACUUGUCGUACUUCACGAUUCGUGGGCUACCGAUAGGUGUUCCGGAUUCCGCGCAGCGGGCAGCUGUACAGCUGUAGCGGAAACCUUGCGGGCCAUACACAACAAGAGGAACUUCUUCGCCGCCCAGUAUUGGCAGUAUCUGUGGUAGUGGUGGUGUAGUGCUUGAAGUCGCGACGAUUGUGCUCGCUGCAGGUAGCGGUCGGUGUGCAGCACGGAGCGAGAGCGGCUGAUCAUAGCGGGGACGUCGACCGCUAACGGCCACGGACGGUGUAGUCCAGUUCCGAGAUAGUCGACUAUCAGCAAGCGGGGCAGCGGAAAAUCGGUGUGUUUGUGGCGUUGUGGCUGUUGCCCUAGGAUAGCUGUUCCUAUCUGUAAAUUUGGUAUAUUGUUUCAGAAGGAAGUGUAGCUCCAGGAGGCUGCAGUCAUCAUGUCGUUGUUACCUCCGAAGGUAGAGGGCUCGUCGCCUAGCAACACGCUGGGACAUGAUGCUAGCUAUGCUACCAGUACUAGGUCUGGGACGGACUCUACCGACGGGUCUGGUUUGUUUCAUUGGUCGUUUACCCUGCGUGGAGCCAAGCAUGAUCAGGAGGAAGUACGUGAACUGGAUAAGGCAACAGAACAAGCGCUGGCGCCGCAUGAUAAACCGCUGGGUCCCUGGAUCGAUACUGACUCCUCCGGUAGCCAUUGGAAGGUGUUGGCACAUGAGGCAAUGGACGCAGAGGACGUGAAGUCUCUCUGCAGUUCACUGCUGGACUGGGUGAAUGAUGUUCUCGGCGAUCGACGGGUUGUCGUCAAGGACAUACGCGAAGACUUCUACGAUGGACAGGUGCUGGCUGAUUUGGCUGACGAACUGACUGGUGGAGGCCAUCACAACAUGCCCAGUGUCAUUGCUCUCUCUGAGAAAAGCCAGCUCGACCGACUGGCCCAUGUGCUCAAGAUCUUCAACGACAUCAUGCGUGUUUCCGAGGAUGAAUCUCCUUGGAGUGUUCUAGGCAUACACCAACGGGACAUGGUGGCCACGCUGCGUCUUCUGGUUGCCAUGGUGCAUCACUUCUCACCAGACGUUAAACUCCCUCCAGGUGUUGUGCUGGAGGUGAUGGAAAUUGAUCGUACAUCUCACGGCAUGCAAGCAAAGACCAGAAAAGAACAAAUCACCGCAGGAAUCUCACACCGGAGCUCAGGCAAUAACCACCAUGACGGUUAUCAACCGGACGACGACGUCUUUGAUAAGCUAUUCAACGAAGCACCAGAAAAGGUUGACGCUGUGAAGACGGUGCUGACAAAGUUUGCAAACAAUCAUUUGUCUAAAGUGUCAGUACUGAUCACUGAGCCAGGACGAGAGAUGAGAACUGGUGUUGUCAUGCUCAUGCUGCUGCAACUUGUUGGCAAGUACUUCAUACCUCUUCAAGAUUACAGCAUCAACCCGACCAUCAAGGACGAGUACCUGCAUAACAACGGUCUGGUCAUACGCGUCAUGCAGCAGCAGAAUAUCAUCUCGGCCACCUGUCCCGUCACUCCCGACGACCUCGUCAACGGCGACCUGAAGACUAUUUUCAGGCUACUGUAUGCAUUGUUCCGCAAGUCAAAGCACAUGUCUUCGCAGUCAUAAAACAUUGCUAAGGUCACAUAGCUAACUGAAGCUGCACACACACAUACAUGGUGAGUAAGCAGUCUAAGUAGCAGACCGGGCAACGCAACACUAUCAACCCUGUCAUGUGACACUAUCAACCCUGUCAUGUGACUCCAUGAGCAGCUAUCCUAGUCGACACUGUGAAGAAACCAUGCUGCUGCCUACAACUAACCAAGUCCGUUAUGGACACACACACACACACUGACACACACACACACACACACACACGCGCACACGUACGCACACACACACACACACACACACAUACAAACAUGUACGUGCACAAUGUAUGCACAGCUCUUUCGGUGACGAUGGCUUACAUUGUGAUGUUCGCUAACUUCUUUUUGGGUUGCACCUCUAUUGGCUGCCCUUCUUGCCCGCCACCGCGCCUCGUAUUAGUUCUGGCAACUAUGCGAUCCCGCUGACAUAUGGCUAUGUAGCACUGGAACACAUAGCAAUGUUGUGCUAAGUGUUAAUGAGACCAACAGCACUAGUUCAGCCGCCAGGUCUCCCGGGCCGAAUGAUCCGCUCGGUUACAUUUCUCAUUCAGUCCUCACAUUUUUUUGUACAUAGCAUAAGUGCAUAAGUGUGCGCGCCCUGUUUUAGCUACCUGCCUGGGUGUAAAUUUGGACCCGGAUGAUGUACAGGUUAUCAGUUGUCUGAGGAUUGCCUUAGCUUUGCUAUGUGCAUGAAACGCAGUGUUACAAGCACAACAAUGACCUAGCUGGCUGUCUGUGUUUUCUUCUGCUGUCUCUGUUCUCUUCUGCUGUCUCUGUUCUCUUCUGCUUUUGUAGCAUAAGUGUAUUUUCGAAUACUAAGCUCACGCAGUGAUGACGUUGUGUAUACACCAUCAGAUACUGUAAUCAUGCAAUCCUCCCUGACUGUGCAUAACCACUGCUGGUUUGGUACCUAUUACAGUGCGAUACGCCUUGUUUUGUUGAAAA